AUGGGCGAAUCUGCUGUGCCCGGGCCUCCUUUGAGGCCCAGCCGGGCCAUUCAAAUCGAGCAAAGUCUCUCGUUACUCUCUGGUCUUGUCGGACAUGCCCAGGAGAGUUUCUUCAGAUGCCUCGCCCGCGGGAUUGCCAGGCGUCCCAUUGUUGCCAUUGUGGCAACACUGACAGUCUAUGUAGGAUGUCUGCCUGGGAUGUUGCUGCUGGGUGGUUCAGAGAGCAUGUUUGGCAUCCUUACAAUCAACACUGGCUUCUUGGACACCUUUACUUUCACUCUGACAGACGAGUACAAGGAUUACAUGCGUGCGACAGAUGUUUUCCCAGACACGAGAAGCCUCGUCUUCAUCGCGAAGCCGCUGGAUGGACGUAGCCUUAUAUCUUCUGCUGUGCUGCGACAGAUACGAAAGGCAGAGGUGCAGAUUCAGAAUGACUCCCGAUUCGAAUCGAUCCAGGGCCAUCAGCUGGGUUUUCAUGAUGUGGGCGAGAGGUCCAGUUCUGGGUCGCCAUGCGUGACAAGGAGCGCCACAAUCACACUCCUUGGGAACGAUGUUGCAACCCGUCUUUCCGAGCUUGAAGCACUUGAGCGGAAUGUAAGCGCCCCUUCAAAUGCAGCGGUGCAGACGGUGGUGGCUGCCAUGAACAUGCAGCAACGUGCAAGCUUGCCGCUCCUAAUUGCUUCGUCACGACCUUUUCCUGGCCCUGGUGCCACCGAGCUGUCCCUCAGUGAAUGGCUGUCUGCCAGCACUUCGGCAAUGUCGACCUUUACUCUGAUGGACACUGAUGACGGCAUGCGCUUCGAGAAGCAGGCCGCGAAAGAUAUCAACGAUAACGGAUACCCCGAGAAUACUGUUGUUAGAAUCAACCAGUUCAGCUCUUCAACGAUUGCUACAGAGAGUCUGUUGAUUGGCAUAGACCACGUCCCGCUGAUUGCCAUCACGAUUUCCAUUAUGGCAGGCUAUCUGGUGCUUAUGUUGGGAACGGACACGAGGAUUCCGGGCAACUCACAAGUCAAAGUCCUCCUUGGCGGGACCUGCAUUCCAGGCCUCUCCGGUUUGGCCAGCUUCGGUCUGCUUGGAUACCUGGGGCAUGGAGUGAGCGUCCUGGGCACCAUGGUGCCAUUUUUAGGCUUAGCCGUGGGUGUUGAUAUCAUUUUCUUGAUGGUGUCCUCGGUGAAUGCAGUCGGGCCGGACGUGACGGACAUGGAAGAAGUCAUGGUUAGGGCCCUUCCGCGUGGGGGUAGGGCAGCAACUACAACGACCUUGACGUCCGUUUCUGCGUUCUCCAUAGCUGCCGCCACUAGUUCAGAUCUUCCGAGUUUCUUAUGGUUCAACAUUGGCCUUGUCUUGGUUCUCAUCAUGAACUGGAUAGGCAUGGUGGUCAUGUUCCCAGCGAUGAUCACGCUGAACCAACGCAAGAUGACCGCUCGCGAGGAGCCGAAGAGCGGGCUUGCUGCGAAAGCUAGACUUCUUAUGGGGUGUGGACGCAAGCUGAAGGGCGUCAUGAAAGCCAAGCUUGGCUUUGCCGUCGAGCACAGCUUGCCUUUUCAAAUCUCGGGCGCAUCGGCUUGGUUGGCAUUGACCGCGCUUGGCAUUUACUUCGGGCUGCAGGUGGAGCGAGGUAUGCCAGACACGUAUUUGGUGACAGACUCAUCCAGGGUAAACGCCUACUUCGAAGAUGUCGAGAGCUCCUUUGUUGGAAGUCUUCCCAUGGAGCUGGGUCUUGUCUUUGACGCACCGAGAACCCUAGAUCCGUCUUACCGCAGUCGUUUGUCCGAGUUGAUCGCAACGCUGAACAACAGGUCGGACCUGGCGUUGCCAGUUGAUUGUUGGCUUGAUCGUGCAGUAGGCUCUUUGAGCAGUUCGGCCUCGAUGUGUGAGGUGGACUCAGCGAUACUCACGUAUCUGAACGAUUCAGUCACAGGCGCAGCCAGUGGCCGGGAUGCCAAGGGCGGCGUAACAGAGCAUCUGCGAGCAGCUCGGUGCCGUGCCUUCUUGUGGCAACCAACGGAUGCAGCGAAGCGCAGCGAGCAAGCCCUGAACAUCGUUAGCCAGGUCAGGGAGGGCUUCCCUGAGCUGGACGCCAUUCCAUACCACCUAAGCUUCCCGACGCAGACAGCGCGCUACAGGAUAAUCAAGGACAAGAUCUUUAGCACGGCCGGCUUUGCGUUCAUCGGAGUGUUCCUGGCGGUGCUUAUCACUAUGCCUGUUCACCUCGCUUUCCUUGCAGUAGGUAACGUUAUGGCUGUGACCUGUGUUUUGUUUGGAUUCAUGUGGCUCUGCGGUAUCACAAGCAAUCUUAUUUCAUUCACCGUCUGCGUCAUGGCGAUUGGAUUUUGCGUCGACUACAGCUGCCACAUAGUGCACUUUGCCGACCACGACGUGCCGCCCGGGACUCCCUGGGACAGACGUAUGCGGCUUUCCCUUGAGUCUUGCAGCUUCGAUGUGCUACAGGGAUGUUCCACAGCUUUUCUCGGUGUGGCGAUGCUUGGAUUUGGCUCUGCGCAGGCCUUUCGGAUCUUUGCCCUACUCUCGGUGAUUAUCACGCUAGUCGGCGGCUUCUUCGCCCUCAUCGGCCUGCCGUGCUUGCUGGCUCUCCUCGCAAGGACAUGGCGUGCAUGUACGUCGGACACGGCAACUGAAGACUUUGUGUCUGCUGCAAUGUUGUCAGCAGUGCCCACGAAUGGUGGGACAGAGGCAGCCAAGUUGGUGGACAUCCGUGCUUAUCUGCGUUCGGUGGAGCGCCUUUCCCUGUAG